GUAACGGAUUUUGAGGUUGUACGGAAUGUUGCCGGUGUAGCAGGAACUCCCGCCAUUUUUCAAUCGCCUACAAACCUUGUUGUUUGUUUAUAUAAUCGACACGUCGUUCAAAACGAUAUUUACACGGUUUGCACUCGCGUGGGACGAGGAAGUUGUAUGUCGUUCCGGCCUGGACAAUCAAUUGCACACGGAGUUGAGUGGUUGAAGAAAGCCCGCCAUACCCGUGCUGACGGGCCGCCUCCGCUUCAGUCGCGUUUCGCGCGUUCACCCCGGCACUUCAGGAGCUUCCGUUGCUUUCACUCACAGCACUUUUACAGCCACAUCACCAUGACCCCAUGGGCUCCUGCGAACCGAAGUUCACAGAAGACAUGUAACUGAUCCACAAAGCUACAGUUUGUUUGGGUUUUAUUUUCACUCGCUUCACGUAAGAGUAAAGCGUCGCGCGCUAGCCUAGCCCCGAUGCUACGCCGCUAAGACGCGGGGAUUUUACAGGUUAUUCAGUUCAAGCUGAGCUCGAAGUUACGUUUCUGACAGACAGAUCCAGUGCCGUAGAAACCCGCGAUGGCACCGUUGCUAGGACGAAGGCCGUUCCCGCUGGUUAAGCCACUGUCGGAGCCGCCGGGCCCGGGAGAGGAGGUGUACAUCAUCGAGCACACUAAAGAGGCCUUCAAGAACAAAGAAGAGUAUGAUGCUCGGCUGCACAGAUACGCUGAGCGGAUAUGGACGUGCAAGAGCACCGGCAGCAGCCAGCUCACACACAAGGAAGCCUGGGAAGAAGAGCAGGAAGUCACUGAGCUGCUUCAGGAGGAGUAUCCGGUGUGGUUCGAGAAGCGUGUUUUGGAGAUUGUGCACCAUAACACAGUACCUCUUGAUAAGCUAGUUGAUCUGGCCUGGGUGGAGAUUCUCACAAAGUAUGCAGUGGAUGAGGAGUGUGACUUCCUGGUUGGCAAGGAUAAAACGUUGGCCGUGAAAGUGGUAAAGAUUCAUCCUCUGGAGACUCCACCAGAAGAGCAUGCUGAGAAGAAGAUUGAAGGAGCUUGUGAUUCUCCAUCCAGUGAUAAAGAAAACACCAGUCAGGAGAACCUGAAGAAGGACCCACAGUCUACAGAAGAAGAGAACAGGAGAGAGAGUCUCUCUGAUAGGGCCCGUCGCUCACCCAGAAAGCUCCCCACCAGUAUGAAGGAAGAGAAGAAGAAGUGGGUGAUGCCCAAAUUUCUGCCCCACAAGUAUGACGUCAAACUUUUGAAUGAAGAUAAAGUCAUCAGCGAUGUCCCCUCAGAUAGCCUGUUUAGAACAGAGCGGCCACCCAAUAAAGAAAUCAUGCGCUAUUUCAUUAGACACUAUGCCCUGAGGUUAGGCUCGGGUGAGAGCGCCCCCUGGGUGGUGGAGGAUGAACUGGUGAAAAAAUACAACCUGCCAAGCAAAUUCAGCGACUUUUUACUGGACCCACACAAGUUUUUGGCAGAAAAUCCUUCAGCUAAGAGAAAAAGCGUGUGCUCACCGGAAGGUAAAUCAAAUAAGAAGCUGAAAUCUGGGGAGUCGGGAACCAACGGCGAGGGAGUGAAUUCUAAAGGGGAGAAGAAAAAGACAAAAGACUCCCAGAACAUACCGCUCAGUCCGACCCUCUGGGAUCAUAUGCAGGUGAAAAAAGUUAAUGGAUCUCCUUUAAAAAUGAAAAACUCAGGGACAUCAAAGAAAUCUGAUGAAAACAUUCUCAGCAAUCCAAAAUCCAGCAAGAAGCAGGGAGACAAAAAACAAACCGAUGCCAAAAAAAGCCACAAGAGCGGAAUCACAAAGACCCCCAGCGGCCAGAAAUCCUCCAAAAAAGACGAGAAAACCUCGGGAAGCUCCAAGAAACCUAAAAUGAAGCAGAUGACCCUUUUAGAGCUUGCCAAAAGUCCAACUGCAGCAGCGAGCCCCAAAAAGAGAGCAAGAAGUUUAAGUACCGGAACCCCGAAGCUGGGCAAACCCUUGCCACCAAUGGCCUUACAUCUUCUUAGAUUCUACAAAGAAAAUAAAGGCAAAGAGGACAAAAAGACCACCCUGUCCUCACUGCUGUCAAAAGCGGCAAAAGCGCUGUCGGCCGAGGAUCGCGGGCGGCUCCCAGAGGAGUUGAAGGAGCUGGUGCAGAAGCGCUGGGAGGUCCUUGAGCAGAAACGCAGAUGGGCGCUCAUGAGUGUAGAGGAGAAACAGGACGUGCUCCGACAGAAGCGGCAGGAAGUGAAGCAGAAACUGCGGGAACGACGAGAGAAGGAGAUGCAGGUAAAGAGGGAGAUGUCACGACGUUACGAAGAUCAGGAGAUCGAGGGCAAGAACCUUCCGACGUUCCGCUUGUUCGAUAUGCCUGAGGGCUUGCCCAACGCACUUUUUGGAGACAUAGCGAUGGUUGCUGAAUUCCUUCACUGCUUUUCCGGUCUCCUGAUGCCCGACGAUCAAUAUCCCAUCACGUCCAUCGCUCUAAUCGAGGCACUAGCCGGGGAGAAGGCGGGUUUUCUCUACCUGAACCGUGUGUUGGUGAUCCUGCUUCAGACUUUACUUCAGGACGAGCUGGCCGAAGGCUACAGCGAACUGGACAUGCCGCUCUCCGAGAUUCCUCUCACCAUGCAUUCUGUAUCCGAGCUGGUACGCCUUUGUUUGCGCCCCUCAGAUUCGCACGGAGAAGAAAGCAUCCCAAGUUCGGAGGACUGGCAGCCCGGCUGCGGCUACGAUGACGUGGUGAGCAGCGAGUUCCUGGAGAAGUUCGAGACGUCAGAGGUAUUUGAGCUGACGCCUCAGGAGAAGGUCAGCCUGCUGGUGGCGCUGUGCCAUCGCAUCCUCAUGACCUACUCGGUGGAGGAUCACGUGGAGGCCACGCAUCAGCGAUCGGCCGAGCUGUGGAAGGAGCGGCUCGCCACGCUCAAAGAGGUCAACGACCGCAAGAAGGCGGAGAAGCAGAAACGCAAAGAGCAGAUGGAGGCAAAGAUGGAAGGCGGCGAACAAGCCAAGGCGGAGAAGAAGAAAGAGGCGAGCGUGAAGAAAGAGCCGCCGAAGGUUGCUAAAGUGGAACCGGAGACAGAAGACAUGAUCAGCACGGUAAAGAGCAGACGUCUGAUGGCCAUUCAAGCCAAGAAAGAGAAAGAAGAGCAGGAACGGCAAAACAAAGAGCGUAUGGAGAAAGAGGCGGAGGAGGAGCGGAUCAGGAGGCAGAAAGCUGCUGCGGAGAAAGCCCUCCAGGAUGGGGUCACCAAAGCCAAACUGGUCAUGAGGAAAACGGCACUGGGCACAGACCGCAACCACAACCGAUACUGGCUGUUCUCUGAUGUGGUUCCUGGGCUGUACAUAGAGAAGGGCUGGGUACAUGAUAGUAUAGACUACUCCUUCACCCUGCCUCCUGAGGAGCACCCGGUGCCGUCUGAAGAUGAGGACGAGGUGAAGAAAGAAGAGGACGAGGUGAAGAAAGAAGAGGACGAGGUGAAGAAAGAAGAGGACGAGGUGAAGAAAGAAGAGGACGAGGUGAAGAAAGAAGAGGAAACGGAAGAUGGAGAGAAAGAGGAUGAGGGCAGCAUAGCUAGUGCUUCAAAUGAAAACGGUCAGCAGGGGGCGCCAGUUCCUGAGACCUGCAUUGAGACCACUGUGCCCAAACAAGGCCAGAACCUUUGGUUUGUGUGUGAUUCACCAAAAGAUCUAGAUGAACUAAUAGAGUGUCUUCACACUCAGGGAGUGAGAGAAAGUGAACUCAAACUCAGGCUACAGACCCACUACCAGGACAUCUUGCACUCUAUCCAUCUCACGAAAAAGGGAAACCCUGGUCUGAAGACCUGUGACGGCCACCAGGAGCUGCUCAAAUUCCUGCGCAGUGACAUCAUCGAGGUGGCCUCCUGUCUGCAGAAAGGAGGUCUGGGCUACAUGGAUGACAUUUCUGCGUUUGAAGAGCGGGUGCGCGAGCUGGAGAAACUGCAGGACUUUGGCGAGUGUCUGACCACCCUGCAGGAGAGCGUCAUCAAAAAGUUUCUGCAGGGCUUUAUGGCGCCCAAACAGAAAAAGAAAAAGAAGGUCGGGGGAGAGGAGAGCUCGACUGCGGUGGAGGAGGUGGAUGAUCAGAAGAGGUUGGCUGAGGAGGCCAGGGUAGCGACUGCGGUGGAGAAAUGGAAAUCUGCUGUCCGUGAAGCUCAGACAUUCUCCCGCAUGCAUGCAUUGCUCGGCAUGCUGGACGCCUGCAUCAAGUGGGACAUGUCUGCCGAAAAUGCCCGCUGCAAAGUGUGCCGCAGGAAAGGAGAGGAUGAUAAGCUCAUUCUGUGUGAUGAAUGUAAUAAAGCUUUCCACCUGUUCUGCCUCCGCCCCGUGCUCCAUCGCAUACCGGCGGGUGAGUGGCUGUGCCCGGCCUGCCAGCCCAACACCGCCCGACGCAGCUCCAGGGGCAGAAACUACAAAGAGGACAGCGAGGAGGACAAUGACGAGGAGGAAGAGGAAGAAUCCGGGGAAGAGGAGGAAUCAGAAGAGGAAUACAGGGACACGGGCCACAGCUUGAGGCCUAGGAAAAAGCCGAAGCAGUCUGUGAAGCCCAAAGUGCAGAGUAGAGCACCACAGAAAAAGAGUACACCUCCUAGUGCCAAACCUGCCACCAGAUCCACACCUAGAUCACAAGCAGACACGGAUGAGCUGGUCUUCAAACCACAGCAGAAAAAGAGUUCGCCUCCUAGCACCAAACCUGCAACCAGAUCGGUACCUAAACCACGAGGGGACACAGAUGAGGUGAGUAAACCACAGCAGAAAAAGAGUUCGCCUCCGAGCACCAAACCUGCAACCAGAUCGGCACCUAAACCACGAGGGGACACAGAUGAGGUGAGUAAACCACCACAGAAGAAUUCGCCCGCCAAACCUGUAGCCAAACCAGUGUCUAAAUCACGUCCAGCGCCGGUUAACCCUGCUGACAUCGAUGAGCUGGUCCGACAGAGCUCCAGGACUGGGGCAACGAAACAGUCGAUUGAGGUGGAGAAAUGUGAGGAGAUCCUUCAGAAGCUCACGAAAUUCCGACACAGCUGGCCCUUCAGGGAUCCGGUGUCUGCUGAGGAGGCUGAAGAUUAUCAAGAGAUCAUCAGGUGCCCAAUGGACCUCACCACCAUGCAGAACAAGUUCAAAUCCUCUCAGUACCGCGGCGUCUCUGACUUCUUAGAGGACAUAAAGCUCAUCUUCUCCAACGCGGAAGAGUACAACCAUCCCAGCAGCAACGUCCUCACCCUGAUGUCACGCACUGAGGAAGCUUUAAUGGAGCUCUUGCAGAAGAGCCUCCCCGGGGUCAGCUACCUGCGACGCCGAACUCGCAAACGCCUGGUCACUCCAUCCGAUGAGGAGGAGGAGGAGGAGGACGACGAUGACGAAGAGAAGAUGCAGAAUGGAAAGCAUACGAGAAGCAGACAGAAGGAAGAUAAAGACGACUCAGGACGAAGGAAAACCAGGAACAGCAACGGCAAAGGAAACGAAACGGAAAGCGAGGAAGACGAGGAGGUCGUUCAGAGAAAAAGCAAGCGGACAGUCCGGAAGGAUUAUCGGGAGCAGGACAGCGACAAUGAGAGGGACACCAGGAGAACCGGCGCGAGGCGGACGUCCCGAGGCGUAACGUACGAGAAGGACGCCAGCAGCGACGAGGACUCGGUCAACCAGCGACAUUCCAAGAGGCUAAAACGCUCAUGAAGACCCAGGGUGCUCUUUUGUGUUAUUUGUAUUCUUUAUCGUAUCUCCUCCCACCCUGCAUAUGGGACAGAGCCCCCGAUGUAGAUUAUUUCUGUUUAUUUGACUGUUCGAAGGUUUUUUGUUAAUAUUUUGGAGAAAACGGAUUUAUAUUUGUAAGUUGAUUAAAAACGGUGACACUUGAGAUUUGCUUUGAAAUUGAGCUGUCAUCUCUGAGCUCUUAAGACUUUUUUCAUUUAAAGUUUGACUUAUAAAACACAAAAAAGAAAAAAAAUGAAAAACCACGAAUGAAUUGGGUUGAAAUGCCACCUAGCUGCUGUGGUACACUUUGAUGGAUGUUUAGCUGCAGAAGUUUCAAAACAACAUAAAUGUUCUAGAGCUCUUGAAAAAUACAACAGUGAUUUUGGAGGGCAAGAUUGAUAAACUCGAUGUCAGUGAAUCUGACUUUAUAUGUUAACUAAAUCUGUGCAUUGUUUAAUUGGCACUAAAAACCCCCAUGGUGGUAUGAUGUUAAACUAAAAGUUUAUUUGUUGGAAUGUGCCACUUGUUCUUUUUAGUAUUUUAUUUUUAUUUUUGCGACUUCAUUUUGAUUUCAUUUAGGGAGAUUGCAAAAUUAUGGCCCUGUUUUUGAAUAAAAAAGACUUGACAAAGCUGGAGUAUUAGACAUACUUUAUUAGAUGGCUUUCUUUAUAAGCUGGUGAUCCUACUACUAACCAGUAGGUGGCACUCUACAGCAGAGCUAUUCUAAAGAUGUAUUGCUCUCACGAUUACAGUUCCUUUUGUAGUUAAACUGACAUUUGAAUGUUAAAUCCCCACUAAAGACAUUGCAGCGGUGAACCGAAUAAAACAAAUUCACCAUCACUAGAAACAAAUAGAUGAGCACGUGCUUUAAUCAUAAAGACACUAUAUUCCAGUAUAUGAUGUGAUGUCCACGUGAGUUUAUUUUCAUUCAU